CCUCUAGACUGGUCCCCACGAAAUCACAUGGACCAUUAUUAAGUAUCACAUGUAACAUUUACGUAUACAAGCCGACGUCUUUUGUAACCAAUUUUGAAUCUCGAAACCAUAUCCCUUUCAAUAAAUCGAUUGAUUCAUGGAGAAAUUCGUAGAAGUAUCAGAAGCAGAAAUACGAAUAGACUUUGCAUUAGGCAGCAAAUGUCGAGCUACAGUGUACCUCAAAUCACUUAUUGCAACCUCUCCAAUAGCCUUCAAAGUCCAAACUUCGUCUCCUCAUAAGUUCCUAGUCAAUCCACCCAGUGGCCUAAUUUCACCUUUAUCUUCAACCACAUUCCAAGUUAUUCUCAAACCACAAUCCCAACUCCCUUCAACUUUCCCUCGCUCCCCUUCUGACAGAUUCCUUAUUAGAACAAUACUAGCACCACAAGUACUCGAACCCAAUCAUUCCGAAUUCGUUAACUCCUGGUUCAGCUCAAUUGGGCAUCGUUCCACGACGUACGACAUAAAACUCAAGGUGGUAUUCGUGGGCCCCUUUCUUCUUCGCCAUGCUGUUAGUAACGGAGAUUCUGAAUCCGUUAGAAACAUUAUCAAACGGCAGCCAUCCGUUUUCUCUGAGUUUUCAACUCGGGAAACGGAGUCACUCCUCCGAGUUGCAAAGCAGCUGGAUAAUAGUAAAGAAAUUGUGAAUAUCUUGGUUGAGGGCGGAUUAAAAGUGGACGCGUGUUCUGAAUCAAACGUCGACGUUAAAUGGGUGUCAAAGGGGUGGACGGCGUUACAUAUUGCCGUUGCAAAUGAUAGGAGAGAAGAGAUUGAGAGGCUGCUGAGAGUGAACAGACAGCAGGGUUAUUUGGAUAGCAGAGAUAAGGAGGGAAGAACGCCGUUACAUUUAGCGGCGAGUAAAGGGUUAUUGGAAAGUGCGAAGGUGUUGAUAGGUGCAGGUGCGCAAGUGGAUGGGAGGAGCAAGGAUGGUAGAACGGCUUUGUUCAGAGCAGCUGCUAAUGGCGACUGUGAAAUGGUGAAGAUGCUUGUUGAAAUGGGCGCCGACCCUACUAUUACUGAAUUGCGUCUUGGCCGUUCGGCUCUUGAUAUUGCACGAGCUAAGGGCCAUGAGGUAGUUGUUAAAAUUCUCGAAAGAGGAGAAGCAGUGCUACAUGCAGCAAGACGUGGAGAUUUCCAGCUGCUCGAGGCGCUGCUCGAAAAGGGAGCAAGCACCAACUUCCGCGACCAAUAUGGUCUGACAGCCCUUCAUGUUGCAGCGAUUAAAGGGAACAAAGAUGCAGUAAUGAUACUCGCUGAAUUCAGAGCCGACUUAGAAUGCCAGGAAGCAGAAGGCCACACUCCCCUGCACAUGGCCGUCGAAGGUGGAUGUGCACAAACGGUAGAAGUACUGCUAAACAGAGGAGCCAAUGUGAAUGUUAGGAACAAGAAAGGUGAUACUCCUCUUUCUAUUGCCAGGUUUUUGGGUUAUGAAGAUAUAACGCAGCUGCUUGUUGAUGAGGGUGCUGUGCUUUCUCUUAUUCCCUCAAAUUCCUCCUCUCCCUUAUCUUGAUUCCUGGCUAUGAUAGAUUGUACUGCUUUUAUGAAUGGUACCACGCCGUUGACCAAAAAGUAAAUUUCGUCCCUUUCUUUCAAACAAAUCUUUGGUUACAAGCAAAUUAAAUGAUUCUUAUACAUACGAAAGUUAACGGUUAAGUUCAUAAAAAAAGAUAGGUAAAGUCCUAUAUUCAAGAAUAUUUUACCCAAAUUCAAGGUCAUGAUUUAAUAUAAUAAGUGUUUAACCAAAAAAUAGGAAUUUCGGUCUAAGCUUAAUUUUAGAAGAACUCGGGUUACUGAUAAUCAAAUAAGGAAAUAAUAAAAAAGAAGAAUUGAAUUGAAAUGUAGCUGAGUAAGCAAAAGAAAGCAAAGUAAAUCAGUGUAUUCCAAUAAUAAUUCGUGUCCCUUUACAAAUGUUAUUUCUCUCCUUUUAUAGCUAUUUUUAAGUAUUACAUUUCUUUCCUCUCAUAAUAGAGCCAUAAUGAGCAAUUAAUAGCAUUAAUGUAACAUUAUAAUUAGCAAUCGUAACUGUUUUGAGAAGAUUCUAUAACGUUUUCUGUCAUUGAUGCUCAUUAAUUACAGAUGAUACGUAUCUGUACUUUUUGCUAACUAGGUUCAUUCUUCCGAUGUCUCUUCAAGUUACCAAGAGAUCCGAGUAACCGUCCCUUCUUAUUUUUUGGUAUUCUUGCCCGUAUCUGUCAAGGUCCACAACUCUUUGAAUACUCUUUGCCAGUUGGCAUACUUUCAUUAAUCCACGUGUCUUGACAUGUCAGCACAUAAUUAAAAUCAAACGCUAACUUGAUUUUCCACAAUACA